CCGAAAAAACAAACAAAAAACCCCCCAUAUUUCAUCAUAUCCUCCUCAUUUCAGGGCCAUUGAAACACACCCCCAUUGGGGAAUUCAUUUUUGCCAAUUAAAAAAAAUGGCUGUUUCAAGUGCAUUUGCAGGUGCAAAAAUUGAGUCACUUUUUAUAAGCAAUGCAAAUGUUACUACACCUGCCGCAUGUUCUGUGACAUCUUUGUCUCAAAUUUGUGUUCCUCGUAAAACAUCCUUAAUUCACAGAGCCAAUGUCAGGUGUGACUCAUCUUCUUCUUCUUCAUCAGAUGUUGUUGUUGCUGUUGAAAAUUCAUCUGGGGAUGGAAAUGCUUCUAGUAUCUCUGCUCUUGAACAGCUCAAAACCUCUGCAGCUUCCAGGUAUACAAAGGAGAAGAGUAGCAUUAUUGUGAUUGGUCUAAGUAUCCACACCUGCCCUGUUGAAAUGAGGGAAAAGCUUGCAAUUCCGGAAGCAGAGUGGCCUAGAGCUAUUAAAGAGUUAUGCGCUUUGAACCAUAUUGAGGAAGCUGCUGUUUUAUGUACCUGCAACCGAAUGGAGAUUUAUGUUGUAGCGUUGUCUCAGCAUAGAGGAGUUAAAGAAGUCACUGAAUGGAUGUCAAAGACUGGAGGGAUCCCAGUUUCUGAAAUUUCUGAUCAUCGUUUUCUUCUAUACAACAAAGACGCAACACGCCACAUCUUUGAAGUGUCAGCUGGACUCGACUCAUUGGUUCUUGGAGAAGGCCAAAUUCUUGCUCAGGUCAAACAAGUUGCUAAAGUCAGUCAAGGAGUCGCAGGCUUUGGGAGGAACAUUAGUGGGCUGUUCAAGCACGCCAUCAUGGUUGGGAAACGGGUCAGAACCGAGACCAAGAUUGCAGAAGGUGCCGUUUCUGUAAGCUCAGCAGCUGUGGAAUUAGCAUUGAUGAAGCUUCCCCAUUCUGCCCAUUCUACUGCUCGGGUUUUACUUAUUGGAGCAGGCAAAAUGGGAAAGCUGGUGAUUAAACACUUGGUGUCAAAAGGGUGCACAAAAAUAGUGGUUGUGAAUAGAUCUGUAGAAAAAGUGGAUGCACUUCGUGAGGAGUUUAAAGAUAUUGAGAUCAUAUACAGACCAGUCGAUGAUAUGAUGACUUGUGCUGCUGAAGCCGAUGUAAUCUUCACUAGCACUUCUUCCGAAACACCUCUGUUUAUCAAAGAAAAUGUGAUUGAUCUUCCUCCUGUGAGUCCUGAAGUUGGUGGAAAACGUCUAUUCGUUGAUAUAUCUGUCCCAAGAAAUGUGGGAUCUUGUGUUAAAGAUCUGGAGACUACAAAAGCAUACAAUGUCGAUGAUUUGAAAGAAGUUGUGGCUGCUAACAGAGAAGACAGGCUAAGAAAAGCUAGGGAAGCUCAAGCAAUCAUCGAUGAAGAAUUAAAACUGUUUGAAGCAUGGAGAGAUUCACUGGAAACUGUUCCUACAAUCAGGAAAUUAAGGGCUUAUGCGGAAAGAAUCAGAACUAGUGAUUUAGAGAAAUGUCUGCAAAAAAUAGGGGAUGUUAACAAUAAUACAAGAAAAGCUGUUGAAACUCUUAGCCGUGGAAUAGUCAACAAGCUUCUUCAUGGCCCGUUAAUGCAUUUGAGAUAUGAUGGAAGUGAUGACCGGACAUUGGACGAGACUCUAGAGAAUAUGCAUGCUCUUAACAGAAUGUUCAGUCUUGAGACAGAAAUUUCUGUUUUGGAAGAAAAGAUUCGGGCUAAAGUUGAACAACAAAAGUAAGAUUUAUAUGGAUUCUUUUUUUUUGCUUCCAUAACACACUUGUUUUUCACUUGUGCAAGUCUGAAUAAGAGGAAAUUUUCCUCAUACUGUGAUUCAGAUAGUUUAAUUUGGAGUACUUCUCUAGUGAGGAAUGUGUUUCAACUGUCUUUGUUGAUGAAAUGUUGUUCAUCCUUGUAAUUACAUUUACUGAUUGAUGAAUAUAAAUAUAAAAUUUCUUAUAUA